UCCAACAGUGGGGUUGUAACAGAAGCAGAGCUUGACAUCAGUUGUUGAGCAGUUCAACACAUCCUUAACUGGACAUAAAGAAUCACAGCCAGGCAUCUUGAAAAUGCCGUCAAAUUUCCUCACGCCCUUCCUUGAGUUGGAUGACGAAUUUUGCAAGAGCUUCCGCGGUAUUGACCUAACAGAUGCCACACAGAAGCAGCGUGUGGUGGGAUUCCAGCGCAGACACUCCCUGUGCCCGGUGACUCUUCCCAACUCUAAAUUCAACAGCAACGACAGCAGCCCGUGGCCUCUGCCGGCCAUCAGCCAGCACUGGAGCCGCGAGCCGAAGCAGCAGCUGCCGCGCUCCUCUCUAAACCACAUCCCCUUCAGAGUAGACCGCUCCGUGAGCAUGAUCGAGGGUCACGUGAGCGCUCUGGCGGCCUGCGAGAGCCCGACAGCCAGCCCUCUUCCGCCACCGCCCGGUCUCAGCAUCAGCAACAGCUCCCUGUCCCCCUCAAAGAUACUCGGCACGACCUCAACCGCGCCCCUGUCUACUCGCUACAAGACGGAGCUCUGCCGUACGUACGAGGAAAGCGGCACCUGCAAGUACGGGGCCAAAUGCCAGUUCGCACACGGCAUGGAAGAGCUGCGAGGCCUCAACCGGCAUCCCAAGUACAAGACCGAGCCGUGUCGCACCUUUCACACCAUCGGAUUCUGCCCCUACGGCGCCCGCUGUCACUUCAUACACAACGCGGACGAGCAGCAAGGCCUUUUGGAGAGCACGCACGGACAGAAGAGCGUCCGAGAGCGACCGCAGCUCCGCCAGAGCGUCAGCUUCAGCGGCUUCUCCUCGCAACCUCAAACCCUCGGCGGUUUCCACGCCGUACCGGACGCCCUGGCCUUCUCCAGAUCGUCGUCGGUGUCCCCGCCGCCGUCCACAGGUAGUCCCGAACUGCUGUCCCCUCUGUUCCCCGAGCCCGGGACCCUAAAACACAGCCAUCCGUUCGCAGAUCUGGGUGCCAACGGGAGCUUCUACGCCAUCAGCGACUCGGAGAGCGUGCAAAACCUGGCAUACGCGCUCACGGGCCUGUCGGCUCUGCAGCGGAGCGCGUCUGCGGACUCUCUUUCCGACCAGGACGACUACACCAGCUCCAGCAGCCUGAGCGGCUGCGACUCUCCCGGCAUCGAGGGCAGGCGUCUGCCCAUCUUCAGCCGCCUGUCUGUCUCAGACGACUAGAAACCAUUACCUGUGCAUAUUGCAUGCUCACUCACUUGAUUCGUAAAGCGCUCCAUGUGAAAGUUGACGAACGCAAGAAACUUUGUUGACAAUGUAUACUGUUGUAUACCAGUUCGAAGCUGCAGUGGGAACUUCACUUUAGGUUUAUUUGCUUUGGGAGUUGUUCUGCAGUGUUUUGUCUGUAGGACGAACCUUCCCAAGGCACCCAUCUGUAGUCUAACCAAAGCCGAGCAACUUAGAGUAUAUACAUCUAGUGUAACGUCUAACCCGCUCCCUGAACAUACUGUAGCCUUUAGUUAAGGCAUUUUUAAAUGGACAGUAUUACCAUGUAGUUUAACCGUAGUGCUUUCUAAAAAAAAACAAAAACUAUUUAUUGCUUUUUUGUAAUAUGCAUUGCUUGCAGUUUUGUUUUGUAUGCAUUUCGAAGAAGGAACAAUGUAGAUGAGGCUUUUUUUUGUUUGUUUCUUUGAGCCCGUUUGUCUGCUUUGCACGAGCUAUCUCUUAGCUUUAAUGAAGACCAGCUGCACAGAGUCUCAAUGUUGGAAUCUCAGGAUCAUUUUAAAGUGCUAUCGAUACACUCCACUGUCCUGUAUCUCAGUGAUAAUAGUCAGAGAUAUCCACAAGGAAGAGUCAAAAAUGUUCAUAUGCAAGCCAACAUGAAUGUGAAAAUGACAAUGUACCAGAAAGAAGUCAAGCUAUACCACGGCCUUCGUCUUCUGCACUCUUAUUUUUUAUUUAAGAGGCGAAACUUGUCAUUUGCAAAUAACAUGAACUGUGAGUUCUGAUGUCCGUAGGUUGUGUUUUAUAUUGUCUUUUUUUUUGCCUUGUGAAAAGACACGCUUUUGCCUUUUGUUAACUUAAAACUUAUUUAUUUCGUUUUUUCGAAAAGUGGGAAAACUGUAUAUUGUGUUGUGCUUUCGUUUCAUGUUUGUUUAUAUAUAAUUUAAAUGAACUGUUUACAUUCCAUGGGAUGGCAAUGCCCAUUUUCAUUAUAAUAUAUUGUUUUAAAAUAAACUUUCAAGGGAACAAAAGAUUCUUUGCCUCCUUCCUUUCGAAUGAACUGCUGACCGUUUUGCUCUCUUCUGGUGAAACUUCUUCGCUCGCAUUUAAUUUUAAACACGACUCAAAAGCGGUUGAAUGCUGCUCCUUCCAUCUGCCUCCUUGAAAGAAAGAAAAAUGCAUACUUGACAGCUCUUUUAAUUAUUCAAGCUGAAAACACACACAAAGGACAAGUGAACAGAUGAAGGCUUUUGUGUGUUGCUUUGCUCAUUGUUCCUGCAUUUGUGCAUGGAAGGCUAAGAAACAUCCCACUGUCACACACGGUCAUGGACAAUAGCCAAAGGUCUCGCAGCCUUUCAUUGAGACCAGGCUGGGCAGUAAAUGAAAUGCAGGGGCAUUUCUCACAUCAGGGCUCCUUUGUGAGGCAACUCUCCCUUUUCUUAACAACAUCUGUAUGCUAAUGAUGCGGCAGAAGGGAGGAGUGAUUUGCAAGUCUAUUGCAGAGCGGUAGGUCUUCGGAGCAGCUUACCAGACACUGCUGGGUACACAGAUGCAACCGAGAGAGGGGUGGGGGUGUUUAUCUGGGUACCCUAAUCACUUAUGUUCAGAAGCAGACGGAAACUCCAUAAAACAUGAUUUCACUGUUUACGUUCUCAGUUCAGAUCACCACAGUCUGACGACUACUUGCACAAUCCUUCCAUUUUAACAUCCGAAUGCACUCUGGUGUGUGUUUUUUUAGUAAAA